GCUUGACCAAAGCUUGACCAAACGGCAGCUGCAUUUGCGAACAAGUUGCAGCUGCAACCCAUAGCUUCUUAUCUUUUUACUUUCUUUUCUGAUAUUACUUUGACGCGUGAACUUUACAUGCGCCUUUCCUCCCUUUGUCCUAUUCUUUUACCUUCACCGCACGAACCCCAAUGUCUUGAUUGAAUGACACGUCUCAAUUGACAAUGUUGUUCCCCGAGAGAGACGCGCCUCUUCUCCGACAAUGGAUUAUUCGUCGCCUUGCGAAUACGUCUGAUGCGGAUGCCGACGUGCUUGCAGAUUAUGUCUUGGCCCUCCUUCGACACGAUGGUGACGUUGGAUCCAUUCGCAAGAUCUUCGAGGAUGAGAUUCCGGAUUUUCUAAGAGAGGAUGCCGCUGCAUUCACGAACGACGUCUUUCAAGCGAUCAAGUAUCGCUCCUAUUUACCAGGAGCUCCUCCUGCACCUUCCGCCCACAUUGCCCUUCCAUCUCUACCGUCGGCCCCUAUAAACGCACAAUCCUUCCCUCACGCAAAUGCCCACAUCCCGAGACCUAUUCCACCGUCGGCGCUCCCGCCCACACAUCCCUGGGAACAGAGUGGUUCAAAGAAACGAUCGUUCAAUGAUCAAGAUGACGACGUUGAAUUUAUCCUGUACGGUCAGGGCCCCCGCAUUUACAAGCAACCCAGAAGAGAUAUCUCAUCUUUCCCAUCUUUUCCACGUGCUGAACGGUACAAUCAAUCCACACUUCCAAUGAACGAAUUCCAACCAUCCAAUGACCCUGGCCGAUCUGGACUGCCGCUGCCACUGUUUCAAUCUUCUCAAUUCCAGGCCCAACCUGAUCACCAUAUGUCGCAGAUGAAUCAAGGCAUAUUGGACCAGUGGGAUAUGCUGUGGCCACAAGAAGAUAAUUUACCUAAGCCCGUGUAUUCUGGAACCAUUCCCACGCCCCGUCGAAGAAAGCGCUGCAGAGACUAUGACGCAAAGGGUUAUUGUUCAAGAGGUAACAAAUGCAAGUUUGAACAUGGCGCUGAUUCGUUAACAUUACCUCCGCUUGGGCCCUUAGCAGGUGAUGAGUACGAUCCUAGCAAUGCAAUCUUUGCCAUGCCACCACCGAAUAUUCACCAAAAUCCCGUGCCCAAGUCCCAAGCCUCUAAUUCAUCCUCCUUUCCAACGACCCCGAAUAAUCGUCGUGAUGCAAACAAAGGAUUGAGACGCAUGAAAGGAAAGCUCCCUUUUGCUGCUGUUGGUCCUGUUCAUGACAAAUCGAAAACAGCUCUCGUGGUCCAGAAUAUUCCUCCUGAGUGUUUUACCGAAGCCAAGAUCCGCGAGUAUUUCUCCCAAUUUGGCGCCAUUUUAGAGAUCACAAUGCAACCGCCUGAUCGGUUGGCCAUCGUCAAAUUCGAUACCUGGGAUGCCGCUCACGCGGCUUGGAGCUCCCCGAAGGUAAUCUUUGACAAUCGGUUUGUUAAAGUGUUCUGGUAUAAGGACGAGGCCGAAGCUGGAUCCACGCCGGUCAAUGGAAAGAUGAAGAAGGUCAAGUCUGAGCCAGGCAUGAAUGGUGCUGAGUCCGCCGGCAGCAACACUCCUAGCGCUGAGCCGUUUGAUAUGGAUGAAUUCCUCCGCAAACAAGAGGAAGCUCAGAAAGCUCACGAGGAGAAGACCAAGAAGCGGGAAGAGUUGGAGCGUCAGCGCCAAGAGUUGGAGGAACGCCAGAAAGAGCUUCUUGCGCGACAGCUAGAGGAGAAGCUCAAGCUUCAAGCUAAGCUAACCAAGAAAAGCGAGAAUGCAUCUUCAGAUGCAGCGGAUGGGGCUAAGAAGCCAGUUUCUCAGACGGAAGCUCUUCGGGCCCAAUUGGCUGCGCUGGAGGAAGAAGCCAACGUACUAGGGAUCGACCCGGAUGCCGUUAAGGACGAGUUCUCAUCCUGGAACCCUCGAGGGCGUGGUAGAGGUGGCCGAGGCUACCGUGGCCGCGGACGUCACUUCCCCACGGCCUACCGAGGUGGACAUGGCUUCCAAGGUAGAGGUGGUGUCGAAGCUAGACACGCGGCGUACGCCGUGUAUUCCUUGGAUAACCGACCAAAGAUAAUCGUACUGUCUGGGGUUGAUUUCACGAAUCCGGAGAAGGACGAAGCUCUCCGACAGUAUCUUUUUGGCAUCGGCGAGUUCAAAGGGAUUCAUACGGACCCUAAGUCAACUCAUAUCACCUUCAAGGAUCGCAAGACGGCGGAGCAGUUCAUGCUCGGGGUAUCUGCAAAUAACGCUAUUCCCGGACUUGAUGACAAGGUCGAGAUCGCUUGGGCCACGUCUGCCCCUCAACCCGAGACGAAGGCAACUGCUGACAGCGAUGUCCCUAUGACCGCUAGCGUGGAGGAUGAGCAAGCAGCUCAUGACAAAACUACUACCGAGGAUAAUGGCACAAACGCGGAGUUGGAGGAAGGUGAAGUCGAUAAUUCCAACACGCACGAUCAGCAUGAUAUGGAUUACGAAUCUGGUCAGGGCUGGGAUAUGGCUUGAGCUGACGCGUGAUAAUUAUCGAUGGUUUGCAUGGUGCGCCGUCUACUCAUUUGGGAGAGCAACCCGUAUAGUAGUACCAGCUUACCGUUAAGGAUAUUCUGAACUUACAGUUGGAAGUUGGCACCCUACAAACACGGCCUGCGAAUAUGGUAGAGCUAUUAUGAUGUACAUAUUCUAUUCUCCAGCAUGAGGGUUCAGGAAUGACCUGAAAGGAGAUAAUAAAUGUGUCAUGGCUGGGCAUGGUAUUCACUGGUUGGGGGUGGCAUAAUACAUACCUACUGGAUUGAGUGCGUUGCGACUUAUUACUCUGCACAGAUCCAAUGUGUACCUCAAUGGUCUCUAUACGAUUAUCCCAAAUUCACCUAGUCAUGUGUCCCAUUAU